AUGUUGGUCGGCGUCUCCAUGGAUGGAAACAACCAAGUUUAUCCACUAGCAUAUGCCAUAAUGGACAAUGAAAUUGAUCGAGCUUGGAAGUGGUUUAUGUCGAACUUGAAGUGUGCCAUUGGAGAACCUUCUAACUUGGUGUUUGUGUCCGAUCGAGCGGUAUCUAUUGGCAAUGCCAUUCGUGUAGUUUUUCCCACAACAUUUCAUGGAUUGUGCACCUACCACCUAAAAAAUAAUAUUCUUUCGAACUUUAAGAACAACACGAUUGUUGGGAUGUUCAAGGAUGCAGCUAGGGCAUUUCGCAUGUCAGAGUUCCAAGCACACUGGGACCAACUACGUACUCUUCGAAAUGGUGCAGUAUCGAGAUAUUUGGAGGAUAUUGGUCUUGAAAAGUGGGUGCGUGUUUACCAAACAGAACGAAGAUACGAUAACAUGACGUCCAAUAGUGCAGAGUGUUUCAAUUCAUUGACCAAAGAAUAUCGACAGCUGCCCAUAAUGUGCUUGUUGGAACACGUUCGAGGCCUCAUCCAGUCAUGGUUUUAUGAAUGGAGAAAUUAUUGGACAUCUCGAACGACGUCACACUCGGACUACUGUGAAAACCGAUUAGCAACUGAGUGUGACAAAGGCAGACGAUAUCGAGUUGAGCCGAUUGAUUGUUAUAGGAUCCAUGUGCGGGACAAUCGAUUGGACGGUAUUGUGAACCUCCAUAUGAAGGAAUGCAUAUGCAAGAAAUUUGACUCACUCGGUAUCUCAUGUUCUCAUACGAUUGUGGCUGCGCGAGAAGAAAACAUCCCCAUCCAUGGUUUGUGCAGUCCAUUUUAUAGCGUUGACUUCCUCAUGGCUGCUUAUGCAGAGCCUGUAAAUCCACUCGGUUACAUAUCUGAAUGGAAGAGACCUCCGAGAUAUGUGGAAAAACAUAUUGCACCUCCUAGAAGAGUGGUACAGGUCGGGCGGCGAAGAGUACAAAGAAUACCAUAA